AUGCAAGCUAAUACUACUAAUCUUGAGAAUUGUAAGGAAGUAAUUCCUAACUCUAUCUCCCAUUUAACUAUUGUUUCUAGUAAAGUUGUUGAUCAAAAUAUUGAGGCUCAGCUAAAUAAUGUUUCUUCUUAUGUGGUUCCUCUCUUGGAGGAUGUUGUGAUUAAUAAUUUGAUGCAAGCGAUUGUUACUCAUCACAGUUUCUCUCAAUUUGAGGUUGAGAAGAUAAGGGAUGUUGAGGUUCGCAAUAAAACUUAUAUGGCAGGUGAUGUUUUCUAUGAGGAAAGAGAUAUGGCAUUUACUAAGGAGCACUCAGGUAUGGGUAAUGAGAGUAAUUUUCUUUUGAAUACUAAUUACAAUAGUGAUGCUUUUACUGAUAAUGAGGACAUGAACAUUUUGGCUAAAUGUUAUGCUAGAGAUGAUAAUGAUACAAGUUUUUCUAAGGGUCUUGUUGCAUUAACUGAUACUUCAAUGAUUGGUCUUUCAAUCAAGAAACACAAUCCACCAUUCAAGAUUCUAUUCAUGGCAAGAAAUGAGCCUUUGUAUGCUCUUAAGCUUCCACCUUCACUCUUGUAUUCAUUAUUGCGUUUGUUUAGGAUUCUUAGUGAAUUUUUUGUUUCUCUUGAGCUCAGGCGAGGCGGCGGGCUGCCAGGUCGAUCCCUCAAGGUGCCUGGUGCAGUCGUGCGGCUGGAUUGGAUCGAGGAGAGCGUGCCAGAUUGGGUCAAGACGUGUAGUCUAGGGCUCGACUGCUCAAGGCAGCGUCACAGCGCGCCCAAUUUGGCCGGCGGGAUUGCUGUGAGAAAACAGUCUUAUAUCUGCUUACAUGAUGUUUUACAGAAUUUUCAAGGAUAUACAAUAUUGUUAUUAGCAAGUGAUGGGAUUACCUCUGCAAUACUCCUACUAAUUCAGCUGCCGGGGAAGACCAAAGGAGGUAGAGAAGUUCUAUAUAUUUUAAAUGCUUUAAAGGACUGCAUUGACCUGAUUUCAAUAAAAUUUACAAACAUUAUUCUGAAAUACUGCAAAUACUUCUUGGAUUUGCGACAAUUAAGCGUCACUAGGAGUAUUAUGGAGAUUUUGCAGACUUUAUGUUCUAGACAAGCUUCAAACUUUUCUCCUGAGUUCUUACUCGAACUAUUGUGCUCCUUGGCGCACUUUAUACCUAAAAAAGAGAAAUCAGCUGAUGGCUUGGCAUCUGUAGCACGCCUGCUAAAUUUGGGAACCAAAAGUGUAUUUAGUUUAAGGAAUAUGUGUGUUGUGAAGCUUCCAAUAAUCUUUAAUUCCCUUGGAGAAAUUUUGGCUGGUGAGCAUGAGGAAGCUAUUUUUGCUGCGACAGAGGCACUGAAGAGUUUAAUAUAUUCUUGCCUUGAUGAGAAUUUGAUCAAGCAAGGAAUUGAACAGAUAAACCUGAAUCAUGGAGGAGGAUUAAGGAAGUCUGGUCCCACAAUCAUUGAAAAGAUAUGUGCUAUUAUAGAAGGCUUUCUUGAUUUCAGGUACAAUGCAGUGUGGGAUGUGGGUUUUAAGGUCAUUGCUGCAUUUGAUCAACUAGGGAGACAUUCAGCAGAGCUGAUGGCGGGAGUAAUGAGGAAUCUUGCUGAUAUACAAAGCUAUCCUGCUGAUGAAAUUUCUUAUAAAAAGCAAUUUCAUGAAUGCCUUGGCUCAGCACUUGCUGCGAUGGGCCCUGAGAAAUUUCUAUGCUUGUUGCCACUCAAUCUAGACGCAGAAGAUGUUACUGAUUGGAAUGUGUGGGUACUUCCUAUUUUAAAGCAAUACACAGUUGGCGCUGAAUUGCAUUUCUUUUCUCAGUACAUUUUGGAUAUGGUCAGCCUUUUAAAGCAGAAAUCACUGAAGCUGGAGAGAGAUGGACGCAUUUUCUCAGCUCGUAAUAUAGAAGGCCUUAUAUAUUCCUUGUGGUCCCUAUUCCCUUCCUUUUGCAACUAUCCAGUUGAUGCAAAUACUAGUUUUAAAGAAAUUCAAUACAUAUUGUGCAACACGCUCCGUCAGGAAUCUGAACUGCAUGGGAUCAUCUGUUCGGGUCUCCAGAUUCUCAUUCAACAAAAUAAAAGUGCAUCCCAGGAAAGAUUUGCAAUGUCAGAUGAGGAGCUAAGUUUUCCCGUGAGGAAAGCUAAGGAAAUUUACACAGCAAAUUUUGCACGGGAAAACUUAAACAUUUUGGGAUCAUCUUCUAAAUUUUUGUCAGUUUUGUCAGAGGUUUUCUUGGAAGCGCCAAAUGAUAGUGGUGGAUGCUUGCAGUCCACUAUCCAUUUGUUCGCCUCUAUAUCAGAUAGAGCAACUGUAAAAAAAAUCUUCAGAAAAAAUAUGAUAGAGCUACUUAAAGUAACCAAAAAAGUUAUCAAAUUAAAGGAAUCUAAGGAAUCAUCUUCCAUGCAAGUUGACAAUUUACCCGAUGAAGCUUCUUUGACACGUGCAAGGGCUCUUAGGCUAGAAUUGGCUGCUAUGCUUGUCUCCGGUUUGGAUGAAGAAGAGAUUGAUCUGCUAUUCAGUGCUACUAAACCCGCACUCCAGGAUGAAGAAGGGCUUAUGCAGAAAAAAGCAUAUAAAAUUCUUUCAAUUAUUCUUAAGGAGUCUAAUGGAUUUUUGUCAAAUAAGUUGGAUGAGUUGCUUCAGUUGAUCAUCACGGCAACUGCAUCUUGUCAUUUUUCUGCAAAACGCCACCGUCUUGACUGCUUAUAUUAUGUAAUUGUUCAUAUUUCUAAGGAAACACCAUCAGAGCAAAGGAUGAGGGAAUUCAUUAGUGCAUUUUUAACAGAAAUACUGCUUUCCUUGAAAGAGACAAAUAAAAAAACUAGAAAUAAAGCAUAUGAUUUGUUGGUCGAAAUCGGACAUGCAUGCAGGGAUGAAGAGCGUGGUGGUAAAACAGAAAACCUGCACCAACUUUUUAGUAUGGUUGCUGGAGGUCUGAUUAGUGAAAGACCACAUAUGGUCAGUGCUGCUAUCAAAGGUCUAGCUCGCUUGGCAUAUGAGUUUUCUGAUCUCAUAAGUUCGGCCUACAAGUUGCUCCCAUCUUCCUUUCUCCUAUUACAGAGGAAAAAUCGUGAAAUAGUCAAAGCUAAUUUAGGUUUGAUCAAAGUAUUGGUUGCAAAAUCUAAAGCUGAUGGUUUGGAAACACAUUUGAAGGGUAUAAUUGAAGGUUUGUUGAAAUGGAGAGAUGAGACUAAAAAUCAAUUUAAAGCAAAGAUUAAAUCUCUUAUUGAGAUGCUUGUGAGUAAAUGUGGUGUAAAUGCUGUUAAGGCAGUAAUGCCUGAAGAACACCUUAAACUUCUCAAAAACAUUCGCAAGAUUAAGGAGCGAAAAGAAAGGAAAGGUAAAUCUCAGGAAGAUAUUAAUUCGUUGUACUCAAGAACAAGUGUUUCCAGGCACAGUAGAUGGAAUCAUACCCGCAUAUUUUCUGAUGUUGGAGAUGAGGAUGGAGGGGAAGGAAGUGAUAUUGAAAAUGGAGUAGCACGCACCAGGACCUCUUUUCAUGCUUCCAGAGCUUCAUUAAGUUCCAGCCGAAUGCGCAAGUUAUUUAUUAAGAAGAGCUUGCCAGAAGACUUUCUAGAUCAGUCAGAUGUUGAUCCACUCGACUUAUUGGAUCGAAGGACGACCAGAUCGAUUCUUCUGUCGACAUCAAAGCCCAAUAGGAAAGUGGAAGCUUGCGACGACGAGCCAGAAAUGGAUAAUGAUGGCCGUCUCAUUGUUCGCGAUGAUUGUGUCAAACCCAAGCAGCAGAGAAAUUCUUCAGAUCCUGUUUCUGAUACAAGAAGCUUAACAAGUAGCCGCAUGUCAAGAAAAUCUUUAUUGAGCUCCCAGAGGAAGCGCCAGAAGACGGAGUCUGGUUGGUCUUACACAGGUGUUGAAUACACCAGCAAAAAAGCUGGUGGUGAUUUGAGGAAGAAAGGCAAGCUGGAGCCCUAUGCGUAUUGGCCUCUUGAUCGCAAGCUUCUCAACCGAAGAGUGGAUCGAAAAGCUGUAGCUCGCAAGGGCAUGGCCAGUGUCAUGGUGAGAAAAGAUCUUAAAAGGCUUGAAGGAAAGAGUGCUUCCAGGGCACUGGCAGUAACUCCUAAGAGGAGAAGGGGCAAAAAGUAAGUUGUGAUGAUUUGGUAUAUUUUGUCAAUCAAAGCAGUUGCGUGCUGCUGUUUUAUAUUAGUUAUAGGAUGUUGAUUCUUGGCAUGAUCUAAUUGAGCUAUUUUGGGUUAUUUUAAGCUC